GAGGGAGGCAAUGUGAUGGCAAUCAAAGUGCAGCCUUCUCACGGUAGCGAAGAGAAUCCAUGCCAGCCACUGUCCAUUCUAAAGGAGACCCUCGACAGACAGGUCUUGGAGUACAUGGAGGUGGCUCUUCUCCUGAGUCCAGAAGAACAGCAGAGACGAUUGCUUGCCAUUCUGAGCAUCUUUCUGAAGGCCUGGGAGCAGUCAGAUGGCAGUAUCUAUUUCCCAAAUAUCCAGCUUUUAGCAAGCGAAACUUCCAGUCUUCUGGUGAAAGAAAUCAAGAAGAAAAUGAAUGGAAAUCCAGAAGAAGCUCAACUGCUUGUGUGGCAAUUUCUACAGUGGAAGACAGACCUGGAUUCUGCUGGUUACCUGCUGCUAAAAUCAGUUUACUUGCUUUCACUCUACACCUCGGAACAGGAACUCCAGUGGAAUAUAAUCAAGUCUGGGUUGCCUGUGACAUUGCUGCAGUGCCUAUACCUCUUCUUUGUUUUUCCCUGGGAAGUAGCUCUUGGCUACAGUGAGGAAAAUCAAGGCGAAUGUGAGACCCAAGAAAUGUUUGUGCAGACAAUGGUCAACAUUUAUGCAGAAAAACAAGGAGUGGAGAUGCUUCUCAUGUCUAGUCAUCUUAAGUCUUUGAUCAUAGCAAGAUCCUCUCAGUGGGAUCAAGGCAGCCCUUCUUGGAAAAAAUCUACAAGCCAAGUGCUCCAAACAAUUUCAAAGGCCCUUUCCAAGACCACAAUUUCAUACCUGCAAGCUACAGAUUGCAUCAAAACCUCUAUCCACAAUUUGUCAAAGCUUGAUGAUUCCUUGCCCACUUGUGACGUAUGUGAAUCCAUCAAUAUCAUCCUGCAUUUUGUGAGGAAUUCAUAUCUAAUUUCCCCAGCCUUGCUUUUGGAGUUUGAGAACAGUGGGGGCCAUCAGUUGCUGUUGCAGAUUUUUCUGAGAUAUGAAGGGCCACUGGACAAAAAAGAAAAUGCCAGCAUUAAAGAAACACUGGACUUGCUGACACAAUUGACACUUUGUGGGGAAACUGAACUGAAUGUUUCAGGCAAUAUUGCAUAUCCACAACUGCCACAAUUUAAUGAGAAACAGCCCCUUUCUUCUGGAAAAAGAAUAAGAAAUCUGAAAGCUUUCCAAGUACUAGAAUCACUUUUUCAGAAAUCCAACAACCCAAAGCUCUGUCAAUACAUUUUGCUUGUACUAAAAUCAGUCUGGACCUGGGACUCCAUGAAUUUCUUCCUACUUGAGUGGUCUCUGCAGCCCAUUUGCCAGUUUGUUGGGGUCAUCCCUCUCAAACCCUUCCUGGUCCAGACUCAGUUCUUCCAGCUGGUGGAGUCAGUGGUGGUGGACCUUGGUUAUAUCCCACAUGACAUCUUGAAGGAGAUUCAGUGUUUGAUAAAGGAGAAUGCUGAGCCAUUAUGCACAUCAGUUGCCUUGGGCUGCCUUCAUAGCAUCACACAGAGAGACCCACUCUUCACAGAUAUCUUCAGAGAUUCAGGACUCUUAGGAAUGCUGCUUGUUCAACUUCGUAAAGAAGCCAAAAUACUGAUAAAGAAAGGUAGCACUCAAGCAGCUCUGCAGGUGUCAGAAGUGGAGGAACUACUCAAAAUGAUGCUGAAGAUGACAGCUGCUCUUGUUGUGGAAUCUGUUAGGAACACAGUGAUUCUCAGAGACUAUGGUAUGGUGCCCUAUAUCAAGAUUUAUGUGGAUACUGAGUUGUAUCGAAGUGAUGCCUUGAACAUCCUGGAACAGUUAUCCAUUAUCAACCCUGAAGAGUACAUGAGCACCAUUAUUGGGGCCCUGUGCUCUUCCACUCAGGGUGAACUACACUUCAAGCUGGAUCUGCUUAAAUCUCUCUUGAAGAUGCUGGCGAAUUCCAAGGGUCGUUCAGCCUUCAGAACCAGUAGUGGUUUUAAUGGGCUGUUUUCCCUUCUGGCUGACAUGGAAGGUGCCUUGCAGGACCCACCUUUAGGCUUGUGGGCCUCAUUUUGUCACAACCACAUAUUAGAGCUGAUACUACACAUUCUCCAAACCAUAGCAGCUGCUCUUUACUUGGACCCUGUCAAUAGUGACUUCUUCCAGAAGAAUGGUCUCUUUGAGAAGAUGGCAGAGGAACUUGGCAUGCUUGGCUGCUUUUCAACACAAAGGUGGGGACAGGUUCCUAUAUGGAUCAAUAAACCACGAUCAUUUGUUGAGAUUUCAAAUACAGUUGCUUGCUCAUCUGAGCUUUUCCCAACUUGGCUAAAAAGCUGCAUAAGGAUAUUUAGUUUCCUUGAUUAUAUGGCCAAGAUGAAUCCCUUCAACUUCAGGAGCUACUUGGUGGAAAUAAAACAGUCUGCAGAUCAUUGCCCUUUGUGCAUUCAAGAUGGGAAAGAAAAUCAACAGGAAGAUUCUCAAGAUGAAUCUAACAUCUAUAUAAAAUCUAACAAAAUAGCUUCCAGCCAGUGGCCAGAAUUCCAAAACAGGCCAUGCAGUGAGGACUGGGUGAUUUUGUGUCCUGGAGCUCUGUGUGUCAUGGUGAAACUGAUUUGCAAACUCCACAAUGAAGCUUACCCUGAAUUAUCAUGGGAAGUCCAAUAUGCUGUAGCUGACCAUAUUCAAUCCUUGAUGAGCUUGGAGAAAAACCGCCAAGUGGCCUGUGGAGCUGGCCUGCUGGGCAGCAUCAUCAACUCCUGCUCAGAAGUUCUGCACAAUGCUAACAGCCCCCUCCAUCUGCCUCUUAUUAGGCUCUUUGAGAAGCUCGCAUCCCAGUCCAUCAAACCUGAUGUCUUAAGGGAUAAAGAGGAAUUGGACCGAGUUCAGAGGAGAGCAACCAAGAAUGUCAAUCUGGAAACCAAACCCUAUGAGGAACAGCUAAAAGGUUCUGGAAUAGCUGCAUGGAAUGACAGUGCAAAGCAUCCUCAAACCUUGUUGGGCUCUGACACAUCCAGGAGUUCUGCAGUGGCUCUCCAGACAGCCAUGAGUCUGAUUUCUUUGACAACUCCACGUAGCCUCCAUCUGCAGAGCUCCUGCCUGGCACCUUCAUUUGUGGAAUUUGACAUGUCCCUUGAAGGAUACGGCUGUUUGUUUAUCCCAAGCUUGGCUACUAUUCUGGGCCAAAGUACUGAAUACUCUGUCUUGGGAGGAACUGGAAAAGGCACCAGGCGGUUCCCCCCACUGGGUGGCCUGACUUUUUCCUCCUGGUUUCUGAUCAGCAAGAUGAGUUCUGUUCAUGAUUACCACCCACUUCGUUUCCUUACCUUGGUGCGUCACAUGGCGAGAACUGAAGAAGUAUUUGUUUGCUUUGCAGUGAGGUUUUCUCCCACGGAAGGUUGUCUAACCAUCUCUACUGAAGAAGUGGCAUUUGAAGCCUUAGACAGUAUGGUCCCUGAAUCUGAAGAUGAGACCUCUCUCCUGUCCCAGGUUCAAUUCAGAUGCGCUCCACUGCUAGUGACUGGACAGUGGCAUCACCUUGCUGUGACGGUGGCAAAGGAAACAAAGCAGAUCUGUACCGUUUCAGCCUAUCUAAAUGGCUACACGGUGGGCUCUGCGAAGAUGCAGUAUAUCCGACCUCUCCCAGGGAGCUUUGUUUCCAUGGACCCCUUUUCUUUUAUUGAUGUCUUUGGCUAUGUAGCUACACCACCGAUGUGGAAAAAGAAGUCUUUCUUGACUUGGCGCCAAGGCCCUAUGUACUUAUUUGACGAAGUUCUUUCCAUGAAAACUCUGCAGUUUAUUGAAAAACUUGGUCCAAGAUACUACAGCAAUUUCCAGGCUGUGGAGCUUAGAGGAGCAGGCUCCUAUGGCAGUAUGCAGAUGGCACCUUUGGUGCCACAAGAGAAGAUUUCAUUUGGAAUCAAUGUCAGAAGUUCAUCUUAUACAACAGUUAGAGACAUAAAAGACUGCUAUGGUGAAGUGGAUGGGCGCCUAAUAGCUAAAGAGCUGAAGCUGUCUUCUCGUGAUAGUACAACACCUGUUUUCAUGGCUCAAAAUACUGCUGGAAAACUUCCUGGCUCCUUAAGAACGAUUGGUGCAGUUGUUGUGGGCCAAUAUGGAACUCGAGUCUUCCAGUCCUGUCCUGCAGUGGUCAGUCUGAACUACCUUGGAGGCCCUUCUCUUCUCCUGGCUCUCCUGGUCAUGGCUCAGGAUGACCACGCUGUUUAUGCCGCUGUCAAGGUCCUGCACACUGUCCUGAACAGCAGUGCAGUGAGUGAAAAUCUAAUGAGAGAGGGGGAUGGGUAUCAGAUUCUGGCAUAUCUGUUGAAAAAAAAGGUCCAUCUCUUAAACGGUAGAAUUCUGCACCUUGUUCUGUCCAUUGGUGGCACUGCUGAAGCCAGCUUAGAACAGCUUACUAUCAAGAACUUGGAGAUCUUCCAACAUAUUGUCUGCAAUUUUGAGCUAUGGUGCCAUGCCUCUGAAAAUCUGGAUGUCCCUCUAUUUAAACAUCUCACUGAAGUUCUCCAGUCAAGAGGAAAGAAUUCAGCCGUGACCCUCAUUCAGCAGGUGCAGAUGGUGCCCAAACUUUUUCUGCUCUUUGGGGACCCUGGGAUCACAUGCUCUCGCAUCAAUAGGAUCUGUGUCCUCCUCUGCCAUUUACUUCAGGGCCAUUUCAGCAUCAAAGAUUUGCUCUGGAUUGGCUUAUUCUUGGUUUACACUUUAUAUCCUGCAUCUAUUGAUGAAAAUCAAACCUGCUCUGAUAGUGGUCCAGAAUCACUUGUACGAGGCUUAAGUCAGACACCUGGAAGAAUGGUCUGGCUUCGAAACCAGUUGUUGAGUAUGCUGUUAGAUGUAAUACAACGAGACAAACUUCCUCUGUCCUCUGAAAUCCAAGAAGAAAUGUUCCAAGCCUUGGGCCCUGACUGGUUCCUGAUGUUUAUGCAAAGUCAUGUGCAUGAAAGCACAUUUGUGCUGGCAGCCAAACUAUUAUUCCAUUUCCUGCACAACCGUACACACCUGCAUAAGCUCAGAGAGGGGAUGAUGGCAGGCAUGUGGCUGAGAAACAGCCUAGAGGGGCUGAAUAUUUUGGCUGACAACUUAAAGAGUUCUCCCCAGUUAUUUGAGUACCACCCAUACCAGCUAUCUGGAUUAGUGGAGCUACAGUUGUUCCUGAGCAACUCUGCCUACAUUCCUGAGAUUUACCUUCUUCUCUCAGGACUUCUUCUGGAUACACCAGUGUCUAAGUCACCAGAUGAAACUAAAGCAGGUUUGAAUGCAAUGUUACAGUGGCUGCUAUGCAACCAUCAUACAGAGACUGUAGUCAAAGUAGGCUUGUGUCCAGAAGCAGCAGUCCUGUUGCUGGAGAUGGUAACAUCCCUAAUGAAGCAGAUUUCAGCAGAUGCAGCUGAUUCUUGGGAAACCACCUUCAUAAAGGACAUCAUGGAUUUCAUCUGUCUCGUGUAUCACAGAUAUUCUCAGGAUCCCCUUUGGUUCAAUUCUUACUUCCUCCAAGCAUUGGCCUUGGCUGUCUUCCCCACUGGGUUGCCCCAGCAACCAGCUAGGAAACAAGUUUGGGACUUGAUGCAACUUCUCCUGAUAGAAAUAAUGUUACUUGACUGGAGGGACAAAAAGUGGCAUCCACUGGAGUUCAUUCUUGAGGCUUCUCCAGAGAAUGCCGCUAUUGAGCAAAAGACAUGCUUCCAGACAGAGAUAUUGCUUUCCAUUAUAGAUAUUGUCUACAACCUUGGUCAAAAUUACAGGGAAGCCUCCAGUUUAACAGGAAAUGGUGAUAUCAGAAAUGUUUCGGAAUCUGGCAGGCUUUUAUUUCUGGUAAAUGUUUGCUAUUUUACCCAGAAGCUGGUAAGCAAACUUUAUGAAGGAAUGUUUGUCACAGAACCAAGGAAGACUCUACUUUUCAUGACAGAGCAAGUGCAACUGGUAACAGGAAAGAUUUUUCUCCAUAAAGAAUCAAUUAUGAGCAACUUGUACAACUGUUUAAACCACGGCAUCUUAUAUUAUUUAUCUAAUUCCUUUUCUGAUUGGCAAAGUCUUCUUAAAGUUCUACAUACUCUUCAGAUGCAGUGGGAUAUCAUCUUUGCAGUACACAACUCUAGCCUGGAUUUCAUCACAUGCUUUUUGUAUUGCCUAUUACAGCUGAGAUCUGUGAGCUGUCAUGAAAAUGGUGAGGCAAAAUGGAUGCCAGCUUCUGGUUGCCCUGUUUUUCUUGGCCCAAAGAAAGAGGAGGAGAGGAUGGAUGAUCUUUCUGCUCUGAAGGAUGUUCAGCAAGAGAUCCAGAAGGUGGUUGAAGAAAUUUGGCUCCAGCUUCUUUCUAGGAAAAGAAAGGAUUUAGAGGAUGCAUAUAAAAUCUCUUUAUUUGAAGAGAAAGGAGAUGGAGAUGAGACAAUGAAGAUGUCUGGUGUAAAUCCUCUUUGGGAAGAGAUCAUGAAAAAGACUUGGCAGUGCUUUCUAGCAUCUGAAAAGGAGAACUCCUGGAAUAAAAUUCUAGUCAAGACUUCAAGCAAGAUGAGUUCUUUGAAUGAAAGCUUGAUUCCCAGCAGGAACCUAAAACAAGUGAUAUACAAAACCAAGGAUUUUGCAUCAUAUUUAGAAAAAUGCAGGAGAACCGGCCAAGAACUUUAUGCAGUUUUAUGCAAGGAUCAUGCUGAGAGGUUGCUGUGUGUAUACCAUAAAUCUGCCAAAGUCUGGGCUGACCUUGAAGAUAAGCUUUUUAGGAAAGGAGGACUUUGGGGAUCUGAAGUAGCCCCUCCUGCCACAAGGUGGGUCCUGGAUGCAUUUGAAGGCCCUGCUCGGAUGAGGAAGAGAAUCCAGUUCAAAACUGUAUAUGAUACAGUGGAACCAUUGCAAAACAAGGCUCAACAGACAGAGAAUAGUGCAUCUGCUUCAGCUCCAGUGGAAAAUCAAGGUGAACCAGUGCAAAAUAGAGAAGGAGGAACAGAUCAUGAUCAGUUGACAUUUUUUCCUACCCUACAUGAACAUUCUCAUUCGGAAGAAUUGUUGGAAGUGUGCAUGGAAAGAAAAACCAUCCUUCAGGAAUUAGUACGAGAUGAAAAGGUUAUAUGUCGGCAGUCUGUAGUGAUCAUCGAAGGACACAUCGCAUUGGAAGCGGUGAUUCUCUUCGGCCAGGACCAUUUCUACAUCUGCAAGCAUUUCACUCUGUCCCACCUAGAAGAGAUUUAUUGCACAAGCCAUUGCUUAUCAUGCAUCAAUGAGUCAUUCAUUUACAACUUGUGCUAUGGAACUGAGGCCAUAGCUGUUGAGCCCACAUGUUCCUGCCAUUCCUACAGUGACAUUAAAGAGAUCCAGCCAAUGCGCUUUCUUCUUCAGGAGAUAGCUCUGGAGAUCUUCUUAAACAAUGGCUAUUCCAUUUUCCUCGUAUUCCACAACAGCAACAGGACAAAAGCCUUGACAAGAUUUUGUUCAGUGAAAUCAAAAGGCAUCACAGAUGAGUCUACUAAUAUAAGAAAGCAACCAGGAAAAAAAAAGUCCAUGCUGUUGAAGUGGCAGAAGAGAGAGAUCAGCAACUUUGAAUACCUUAUGUACCUGAACACUCUAGCUGGACGUACAUACAGUGAUCUCAUGCAAUAUCCAGUGUUUCCAUGGGUCCUUGCAGACUAUCAUUCCCAGACUCUAGACCUGACAAAUCCAGAUACCUUUCGGGAUCUCUCCAAACCAAUGGGGGCACAGACAGAGGAGAGAAAAGAGAAAUUCAUCCAGCGCUUCAAAGAAGUGGAGAAGACCGAAGGUAACCUUUCAGCUCAGAGUCACUACUGCACCCACUAUUCCUCCGCAAUUAUUGUGGCUUCCUAUCUGGUUCGCCUAGAACCCUUCACAGAAAUCUUCCGAUCUUUGCAGGGAGGUGAUUUUGAUGUUGCAGACAGAAUGUUCCAUAGUGUGAAGAACACCUGGGAAUCAGCAUCACGAGGCAACAUGACUGAUGUUAGGGAACUGAUACCUGAAUUCUUUUAUCUUCCUGAAUUUUUAACAAACCACAACCAUAUUGACUUUGGAUGCUUGCAGGAUGGGACUUUGCUGAAUGACGUGGAUUUGCCACCUUGGGCAGGAGGAAAUCCUCAUAAAUUUAUUAGGUUGCACAGGCAGGCACUGGAAAGUGAUUAUGUCAGCAGUCACCUCCAUCAUUGGAUAGAUCUUAUCUUUGGCUUCAAGCAGCAGGGCCCGGCUGCGGUAAAGGCCGUGAAUGUCUUUCAUCCCUACUUCUACAGUGACCAAGUACAUAUGGACAACAUUAAUGACUCUCUCAUCAAAAGCACCAUCCUGGGAUUUGUCAGCAACUUUGGACAGAUCCCAAAGCAGCUUUUUACGAAACCACAUCCAGCCAGGAAUGCUGUGAGCCUGAAGAAACAUGCAGUGAGAAGAGAUAGCAUCCUCUUUCCUUCUCCGGCAUUGUCUGUCAGUAAUCUGUAUAACCUGAAACUGUCAUCAAUUAUUCCCAAAGAGGCACCUCAAGGCCCUGUUGGUCAUAUUGUAUGUACAGAAAAGGGGAUUUUGGCUGUGGAGAAGAAAAGUAUUUUGCUUCCUCCACUAUGGAAUAAAUCCUUUUGCUGGGGAUUCAGUGACUUCACCUGCUGUCUGGCUGGAUCAGAUAAGAAGAUGACCAUCCUGGAAGCCCCAGCUGACUGGGGAGAUUGUCUCUGUGCUGUGUCUCCCACACCAGGCAGCCUCAUCACAUCUGGAAGCAGCUCUGUCAUUUGUGUCUGGGAACUCUCCAGGAGCAGAACUGGAGCCACCACCUUACUUCUAAAGCAGCCCCUGUAUGGACACACGCAGCCAGUGACCUGCUUGGCUGCUUCCACGGCCCACGGCAUCAUCAUGAGUGGUUCUGCUGACAGAUCCUGUAUCAUCUGGGACUUGAACCAGCUGACACGCCUCACCCAGCUUCCUGCCCAUGAGGCAUGCCUCUCAGCUGUUGCCAUCAAUGAUUCAACGGGUGAGCUUGCUUCAUGCGCUGGAACGACCCUGUGCCUGUGGACUGUCAGCGGGCAGCCUCUGGCCAAAGGAAAUGCCACCUUAAGCCCUGGAGGGGUGAUUUCCUGCUGCUGCUUCUUUGAAGUGAAGGACUGGGAGGUGCAGAAUCUUAUUGUCACUGGGGACACAGAUGGCCUUGUGCAGGUCUGGAAGCUUGAAGAUGCUUCUCCUGCGGGCCACAGAAAGAGGAUGGUGGAAGAGAACGCUUGUCAGUGCCAAGCAAACCAGGCAGGCGGCAAAGUGGAGGAAGCGUUUGUUCUCCAUCGAGAGCUGCAGCUCAGCACAACAGAGGGACUGAGCAAACCCCCCUCGCCCGUCACAGCCUUGGCAGUUUCCAGGAAUUAUUCCAAGCUUCUGGCUGGCAAUGAAGAAGGAAAGGUCUACUGUUGGUCAAUUGAUGAGUAGAAGGAAGAAGUAUGAACUGGUCCUGAAACUGGAAAUGUGUUAACUGCAGAAUUUACCAAUAUGUUACACUUAAUUAGAAGAGGUGGAGCACUGACAUAAGAAUAAUGUAAAAUCCCAGUGAACACAUGUAUCCACCUCAUCCCUUAGAUGAGCAAAGGAUGGGCUGGCUUGAUCUUGCCUUAGCCAGGAGGACCUAAAAUGAUUAACCAAGAUGGAGCAGGUGGGGAAAUUUUUCAGGAAUAUUUUGCCUAAAAGUCUCCCCUCUGCUUGUUGUCUUGCAAGGCUGAGAUAGUAAACUCCCAUGGGCAGUUUAAGAAGGUGCUACCAGUUUGAGAACUGUGGCAAGAUUUCUCGGAUUACGAACAGGCAACUAACCCUGAGGAGAAAAUUCCCCAAUCUUUGAAAGCCUCAUUCUACCAUCACCACUCCAAGGAACAAAUGAAUCCAUGAAAAUGGGGUGAGGGAAUUCAGCUCACUUUUCAACUCAUAUUAUCUAAAUAUUAUCAAACAAUGGAGAAUGUUUCACAUGAU